AUGUCCAGCGCCCCAUUUCGAGCCCUCUUCCGAUCCAGGCCGGUCCUUCCCACUACCCUAACCCCGCGCACUGAGUCACUUUGCCAGUACCGAGCCACCGCAUAUCUCAGGUACAAGUAUUAUAAACCCUUCCAUCUCCGACCUCUCUCCUACACCCGUCAAAUCAACAUGUCUGCCGUUCCCUUCAACACCGACAAGGCCCCCAAGCCCGUGGCCGCUUAUUCCCAGGCCGUCAAGGCUGGAGGCUUCCUCUAUGUCUCCGGACAGGUCCCCCUCAAGCCCGAUGGAUCCAAGCACGAGGGCUCUCUGCAGGAGCAGACCGUCCAGGUGCUGGAGAACCUCAAGAACAUCAUUGUCGAGGCCGGCUCCUCCUGGGACAAGAUUGUCAAGGUGACAAUCUACGUGACCGACAUGGGCAAGUUUGGCGAGAUCAAUGAGGUCUACGCAAAGUACUUUGAUCAGCACCGGGCUGCCCGAACCACCAUUGGUGUUGCCGCCCUUCCUCUUGGCUUCCAGGUCGAGAUGGACGCCGUUGUUCUCGAGUGA